GAUAAUUCUCUGGAAAGAAGUAUGGUGCUACUCGUGUCCUUACUGCUUAAAAAGAAAAAAGAAAAAGAAAAAAAAAAGAAAGAAAGAGUAAAUAGGAAAGAAGCAAAUGCCGGGGAGUGUAACAUUUUCAUCCGGAAAAAAAGGAAGCCAUGAACGAGAGGUCUCUAAAUAUAAAUACUUGAAAAACAAGGCGACUACAUUCCCGAUUAUCAUUUUCGUUGGCAUCUCCAACAGAGUCCGUCGAGAGAGAUAAAAAGCAUGGCGAAAUCCAGCGCCGACGAUGAGGAGCUGCGAAGAGCUUGCGAGGCCGCCAUUGAAGGCACAAAGCAGAAAGUUGAAUUGUCGAUCCGUGUAGCCAAAACCAGCGGCAUCUUAGGCAUUUCCGGAAAAUUGAGCCGGGGUGCUAUGGCUAAACCGCGAGUUCUCGCUAUCUCCACAAAAGCUAAAGGCCAACGGACUAAAGCUUUUCUUCGUGUCUUAAAAUAUUCUAAUGGAGGAGUCCUUGAGCCUGCAAAAUUGUACAAGCUUAAGCAUCUUUCAAAGGUGGAGCUGGUAACUAAUGAUCCAAGUGGUUGUACGUUCAUGCUGGGUUUUGAUAAUCUCAGAAGUCAAAGUGUUACUCCACCUCAGUGGACAAUGCGUAAUGUUGACGAUAGGAACCGUCUUUUGCUUUGCAUCCUAAACAUCUGUAAGGAUGUCUUGGGUCGUCUCCCCAAGGUUGUUGGCAUAGAUGUGGUGGAGAUGGCUCUUUGGGCAAAGGAAAAUACUCCAACAAUUACCAAGCAACAAGCAAAUCCUCAAGAUGGGCCUCUUCCUGCUGUAGCAGAAGAAGGUGAGAUGACAGUAACUGUUGAAAGAGAACUUGUAUCUCAAGCAGAGGAAGAGGACAUGGAGGCUCUUUUAGGCAUUUAUGUAAUGGGUAUUGGUGAGGCUGAGGCAUUCUCUGAGCGGCUGAAGCGAGAGCUUCAAGCUUUGGAAGCUGCUAAUGUGCAUGCCAUUUUGGAGAAUGAGCCAUUAAUAGAUGAGGUCUUGCAGGGGCUUGAAUCUGCUACCAACUGUGUUGAAGAUAUGGAUGAAUGGUUAGGCAUCUUCAAUGUAAAACUUAGACACAUGAGAGAAGACAUUGAAUCAAUAGAAACCCGCAACAACAAGCUGGAAAUGCAGUCAGUAAACAACAAGGCAUUGAUUGAGGAACUUGAUAAGCUUCUUGAAAGACUGCGUAUCCCUUCUGAGUAUGCAGCGAGUUUAACAGGUGGUUCGUUUGAUGAGGCAAGAAUGCCUCAGAACAUUGAGGCAUGUGAGUGGCUAACUAAUGCUCUACAUGGCCUUGGAUCGCGUAACUUGGAUCCUAGCUUUGCAAACAUGAGAGCUGUGAAAGAAAAACGAGCAGAAGUCGACAAGUUAAAAACGACAUUUGUUAGAAGAGCAUCUGAAUUCUUGAGAAACUAUUUUUCCAGUUUGGUGGAUUUUAUGAUGAGUGAUAAAAGUUAUUUUUCUCAGCGUGGGCAAUUGAAGAGGCCUGACCAUGCUGAUCUCCGAUACAAGUGCAGAACAUAUGCUCGUCUAUUGCAGCAUUUGAAGAGUCUUGACAAGAAUAGCUUGGGCCCUUUAAGAAAAGCUUACUGUACCUCCCUCAACUUGCUUUUGCGCCGAGAGGUCAGAAAGCUUUGUCUUUUUAGUUUUUUUUUUUUUUCUUUUUCUUUUCCCUUUGUAGCUUCUUUCUGUUGAGGGGGUUACUUAAGUCCCCAUUAAGUUCACUGCAGCUAUGUGCACUUUUAAGCCAACAGAAUCUGUUUUCUUCAUCUCAGAACUCCCAAAGGCAUGUAUCACUUGUUUGUCUAUAGAAUCUUUCCCAUCAAAGAGUUGCUGAAUGAACCUGCUUUUUAAGUGAAUAAAUAAUCUAAGCAGCAGUUCUGUUGGGUAGU